AUGUUGGGUCAACACGAGAAUGAAUCAGGAAUUAAUUUAAAAUUAAUGGAAAGGGCUAACCCAUUGUUAUUUUCCCAGGAAAGAAUAGACGAAUAUCCUUUGAAGUAUGAUGAAUUGAAGCAAUAUUUGAAUGCCAAGGAUUCUAAUGGUUCUUUUUUGCCAUUACAUCAGGAAAACAUGAUGCACACAGAGGGUGACUAUCUGGAUUUUUUACUGUACAGAAAGAAUGAUAAUGAUACCUCCAUUGAUUUGAAUAAGAAGCUAGCUUGCGAAUUUGCUUUAUAUCAGGUGCAGAAACAGAAAAGACAAGGUGGUUUACCAAAAGAACUUUCUGUAUCUGUUGACAAAUUGAUGAAAUUAAAGCCACAAUCUCAGGAUUGGAAUGAACAGAUGAUGUCAAUAUUGGAAUCUAUCAAUGCCAUUGAACUAGAUACAUCUGUAUUGAAACCAAAUGGUGGUGACUUAGGUAAUUCGAUGUUAAUAGGCAAAGAAGGGACACAUAUGAAUGGGUUUGCCAGUAAAAAUGUUAGUGUUUCCAACUUAUUACAUAAUGGUGAAAAAAGUUUAUCCCCGGAUGAUAUCCCAGACAAUCGUAACCCAGACGUUAUAAUACAAGAAUUGACAUCAUACUUGCUUUCAAAUGCUAUUACAAAAGGGAUAGUUGUUAAACCAGAGAGGGUCGAUGAUCCAGUCGAAUUUUUGAAAAGUAGUAUUGAUUCCAUUAUUAAUGAGUCUUCACAGAAUGAAAGAUUGAUUACAGAGGCUAGGAAACAAAGCAUCAAAAGAAGCAACACGUAUAAGAAUUCUAAAGAGUUGGAAAUUGCGUUUAAAGAUUUACAACUGGCGCAUAAUUUUUUAACUAAGCAAUUUGAAAAUGAUCGUGAAGAAUACAGUAGAGAUAUUGAAAAACUAACAUCGAAUAAUAAUGAAUUACAACAAAAAGUAUUAAAUUACCAUUCUUCAUUACUGACAGCAGAAAACACCAUGGAUGAACUUGAAAAAAAAUUGAAAGAAGAAAAGUUAAAGAAUACACACACUGAACAAAUAUUUAGUCCUGUCACACCAAUGUCAGCCUCAAGUAAUAAUUCCCAAUCGAUUACAAUUAUGAGAAAUGAAUUUAAGAAAAUGUUAAGUGACACACAGAAAAGAUAUGAACAAGAACUUGAAGAAGAAAGACAAGCCAGAUUCAGAUUAGAAAAAGAAUUAGAAAGCUUAAAAAAUCGAUAG